AUGUCUGAUCCCAUUCUUUCAUCUCCUACUACCGUAAAAAUCUCCUGCAGCGAACCUGGCUGUGUCCUAUACUGUGCUGACGAAAAGUCUCUCAAGAAGCAUCAAAGAGAGGUGCACCAACUUUCAACCCUCUGCACUCCCUAUGCCACUUCUUCUGCUCCUUUCCAUGUUCAUAGAAAUCAAGAUGGGGCAUUUCACUGUCCAACCAAGCAUUGUACUUGGUCUUCCCCGAUUCCUGGAACAUUUCAAAAACAUGUCAAAAAUUGCAAUCCCGAUUCAUUCAACGACAGACCCAAAGUGUUGCCUCUGCCUCCCAGUAGCUUGGCAACCCUCAUCCCAGCAGGGAAUCAGAUUACUCUCUCCAAGGAGUUUCCAUUCUUGGGAUUCAACACUUAUGCCAAGUCCCUUGUCUGUCUCGACUGCCACUGCGGGGUGCCAACAAAGGAAGUCGCUGGCCACUUGAGGAGCAGCCCCCACAAGAUCAACAACAUCAAUCCAGAUGCGAUCAUUCAAGCCUUCAAAUCAAUCAAUGUCAAUGUUCCUCUCGAUAAUAAACGAACCCCCCCAAAGGCAUCCCAGCCCUGGAAGCCUGUAGAGGGCCUCUACCUCAAACUAGGGAUCAUCUGCGUGGUCCCUCACAGAGGCUCCAUAUGUGGACAUGCAGUCCAAAAGGACAGCUCGAUGAGCAAUCAUUUCUCUGAUAUUCACAAAGAUGUCCCUGGUGGAUGGGCUUCCAAUUCACAACGCACCUACGUUCAACACCUCAGCAACUCAACCAUACGUUACUUUCCUGUGGAAUAUUCGGCUCCGCAUCCAGCAAUCAUACCAGCUCCGUCUGCAGCUCGCUCUGAGAGUCAGUCAAACACCGCCCUUUUGGCCUGGGAUGAGCUCUCCUCAGCCCUCGACAAGCUAGAUGUCCUGGGCCACAAACAGGCCGUAACAAUCUCGUCAGAUGAUGCCCAUCCGGCCCUUGUCUCCAACUUUCUCAAUUCUUCUGGGAUACAUUCACACAUCAAUGCUUGCACCAACUUACUCCAAUGUUCAACAAAGGAGCUUCACACCAAAGUCCAUUAUCCCAACCUGCUAGCAACCUGGAAACCUUGCGUGGAGAAGUGGCUCAUUGGCUGCAUGACAGAACUCACCUCGGUUCAUGAUGCAGUGACAAUGGAGGCACUCAGAGAGUCUGUCAAUGAGCCUCCUUCAAGAAGACCAAUCCGAGCCCUCCAACAGAGGAGUACUGCUGUUCAAUAUGCAUCUGUUGCAGCAGAAUUCAUUGUCUUCACUCUGGAAACGACCGGCCAGCCGCUAGCAACACAUUUCUGGUCAGGCAGUAAUAGACGUUUGUCUGAAUUUGCAGAAAAGGCAUCAGCUUGUCUCAGCUCAAUCCAGAGUGACAAGACAGAUGCUCAAGGCGAAUUUGACAGAGCCUUAAACUUCCUCUUCUGGAACUCCACCUCUUUCUCAGCCUCCAUCCUCAAACGCUCAAAGGUGCAGUCAGCAUUAGAGCAGUUCAUUGCCCUGUCAAUGAUCAAACCAGACGGCUCCUUCUUCUCCCCUUCGAAUCUGACACAUACUAUUGCUGCACUCCAAUACGUCAUACGUGUGGCCACUGUCUUUGCUUGCCUCGAAGGCACAGAGGAUGUUUACGCUGUGGACAGGAAGGCCCAAACACCUUGGUCCUCAAGAUAG